AUGGCGGCUUCACAUUGGCACGACGCCAUCCUCGUCGCAGAGGUUCACGUUGGCCUGCUUCUUCUCCGUCCCCAGGGCGUGGCCCAGCUGACGCGGCUCACGGAGCUGUGGCUCGUCGAGUCGCAGCUGCGGGACGCAAGCGCGGCGAGGGAAUGCACGCAGCUGGUGAAGCUGGUGCUGUGCACCAACCGCCUGACGGAGGUGCCCGACCUGGCGCCGCUGUCUAAGCUCGCCACGCUCUCCCUGGCCGGCAACCGCAUCGCCGCCGUGCAGAACCUCAGCCAGCUGCCCGCCCUGGAGGACGUGAACCUGGCCGACAACCUCAUCUGCACCAUAGGCGCGGGCCUGGUGGGCUGCAAGCGUCUGUCCGCGCUCAAUCUCAGCGGCAACCCGAUCUCCAGCCUGAAGGAGAGCCGCAACCUGUGCGGCGUGCCCUCGCUGCGCCACCUCAGCCUGGCCGACCCCGUGUACGGCGUCACGCCCAUGGCCCGCCUGUGCAACUACCGCAGCUGCCUACUGCUGCACUUGCCGCAGCUGCGCAGCCUGGACGGCUUCUCGGUGGAGCCGGAGGAGCUGUCCCAGCUCAAGAAGUGCGAGGUCCAGCACCAGCGCCUCGACGAGCUGAGCAGGCAGCUGCAGGCGCAGGCCAGGGCGCGGAGCUACUUGCACCGCGUGGGCCCCGCCGUCCCCGCCACGCUCGCCGUCCCGGACUACUUGACCACCGCGGCGGCGGCAGCGGCGGCCGUGGCGUCCCAGGACGUGGAGGUGCAGGAGGGCGCCAGGGCCGCCAUGGAGGACCUCGUCGUGGAGCUGGCGCGCUGGACCGACGAGCUGGACCUGCAGCUGGACGUGCACCGCACGGACUACGAGGUGGGCGUCGUCGCGGAGGGCUAG